UCUUUGUACAACAUGAGGACAGAGUCCAUGGAGCUGACUGGAACAUAUAAUCCCAGGGUUGACCCGUCUGGAGGUGAUCUUCAGGAUGAGGAUGAUUACGUUAAUGCAGCUGUUGACACUGUGGUGUACCUGCGUACAGCUCCAUCUGGACCACAGAAAAAAAACAGGACUCCAUCCAUCACGCGCUCUCUGCUGCCAGUAGUGAUCUGUUGGGUUCUAUUGCUGAUGAUCACUGGUCUGCGCAUCCAUUAUACUUCUGUCAUUUCUGUUAAGUUGAAGGACUUUGAAGACAUCAAACAUCAACUUCAAGUUUCAUACUGGCCAGAAAACAUGAGGAAAGAAAUCCAGAAGCUGACAGAAGACAAUAAGUAUCUGAGUGAAACAAACCAAAAGCUGACAGCUGAAAUCCAGAUACUACGAGCAAAUUUACUGAACCAAAAGGAAGAAACUUCCAAAAAGAGAGAACCCCGCUUUGACUGGACAACAACACCAAUGCCUGAAGCUCGACGUUACUACAAUACCCGACCUCAUCCUCACUAUGAUAGACCACAUUACUACUACACCACACAACAACCGUAUUACAACAGACCACCCUCCUACUUUACCACACCACGUCCUUACUACAACAGACCAUGGUACUACAACACCACACCACGUCCUUACUACAACAGACCAUGGUACUACAACACCACACCACGUCCUUCCUACAACAGACCAUGGUACUACAACACCACACCACGUCCUUACUACAACAGACCAUGGUACUACUACACCACACCACGUCCUUACUACAACAGACCAUGGUACUACAACACCACACCACGUCCUUACUACAACAGACCAUGGUACUACAACACCACACCACGUCCUUACUACAACAGACCAUGGUACUACAACACAACACCACGUCCUUACUACAACAGACCAUGGUACUACAACACCACACCACGUCCUUACUACAACAGACCAUGGUACUACAACACCACACCACGUCCUUACUACAACAGACCAUGGUACUACAACACCACACCACGUCCUUACUACAACAGACCAUGGUACUACAACACCACACCACGUCCUUACUACAACAGACCACGCUACCAGUACACAACAAAACAUCCUUCCUACAACAGACCAUGGUACUACAACACCACACCACGUCCUCACUACUAUAAACUAUAUUAUUCCCAGUCGUCACCGAGUUACUUCUACCGCAGAAAAAAAAGGCAAACUGAACCUUGCCCCCAGGGUUGGCUCCACUACCAGUCCAGCUGCUAUAUGAUCAGCAGCUGGAACUAUUCAGAUCAGAAGACUUGGGACGAAGCCAGAGAUGACUGCAGAUUUAGGGGUGCAGAUUUGGUCGUUGUUGGAAGUCCUGAGGAGCAGGACUUCAUCUAUAAAAGCAGCUUAACUGGUGCAGGUACCAGCAGCUACUGGAUUGGCCUCAGGGUUAACGGUAGUGGCUGGAAGUGGGUCAAUGAGAGUGAUCUAAGGCAUAGCUACUGGCUGCAACCGCCUGUCGAGAAGGUUAACUGUGCAACUUCUGUCAAGGAGGCCAACGGAUGGAAAUCUGUGAGUUGUGAUGAUAAAAACGGUUGGAUCUGUCAACAAAUGGCUGUGUCUUCAUGAAUCCUAGCAGCACAACGGAAAGGCUCUCAUUUUCUACAAGAAACUAAAAAUCUCUGAUGAACGAACA